UCUUGUCUCUGCUAGGAGAAAGGGAGAGUGUUCUGCUCAAACUCGAAAGGAGCUCUCAGAAAUGCUCCUGGAUUCCUAGCAAGCCUUUCUAGGUUGCUUGGGGGAACUAGAUUUCAGCCACGCCUGACCCAAAAGCCUUCUGCCUGGAGUACAUUUUUUUUUUUCUGAUUUAGACUGUGGGAUUUCACACUUACCUGUACAGAGUGUUUCUGUGAGCCUCUUCCCUUCCCCCAGUAACCUGUAAGUAAGAUUCAGCCCACUUUUUGAUUGAUUAUUGAAAGAGUUUUUAAUCAGCCUUUGCAGUAAGACUUCCAGCUGUUAUCUAGCCCCUGCAGAUUCUUGCAGUUAGACUAACUACUGGAGCUUUGUAAGCCACUUUAAAAUUAUAUUUUUCUUCCUUGAUCGGACAACCACUUUUGCCGAUAACUGAUGAUGAUUUUUCUACAGUUACAGAAAUUAUCUGUGGGACGUAUUUCUGUUUGACGACUGGGAUGCCCUUAGUUUACAUUUUCAAUAAUGCUUCUCUGAAAGCAGAUAUAUGAAUUCCAUUGUUUUGCAUGGGAAUGGAAUGACACACACAGGUGUACAUCUAUAGUUGUUUUUCCUGUCUGGGCCUUUUUAACUUCAAAGAUACCAAAAAAAAAAAAGAUUAGAAGAAUCAUUUUGUUACUUUAAUGAACUGGGGGAGUUACACGUUAUACUGCCUGUAUUAAAAAUGACACAUCGGUGGAAAAUUCCUGGCUAGAAAAUGUAUUUGAAUGUCUGCAACCAGGUGAGUAUAAUUUUGACAUUUGAGGUGGGCAGAAUUUUUUAAAAAGAACUGAAGACUAUUGUCUAUUUUAAUAUUUUUAAAGAUCUGGUUUGUUGUUAUGAUUACUAAAUGGGACUCUAUUUUUAAUCACCAUUGAUUUUAGUAUGUGAUAUCAAUUGAGGAACAAAAGAAAGUAGUUAACAUUACCAGGAAAGGUCCUGCUUUGGAGGAAUAAAUGGGAACAACAACUCACUGAUCCGCAGUCAGUAAUGCAGCUUGAUAUCAGGGGACUGACCCUGCUAGGAAUAUAAACACUGGAGCGGAUUGGGGAAAACAGAGCUUGUCUUCCAUGGGGAACUGUCUCCCUCAGCACAGCUCCAGCGCUCUCCCCAGAAGGACCGAAGAGGUUUCUGCCCCAUACACUAUUCGCGCCCCCUUCGUUCCACUAACAAUGUCUGAAUUCAUCUGGAGGAGGAGAAGGACCUGAUGUGGUAGUGCUUCUAAUCUUGAGGUUAGCACGUGGCACGAACAAACUGUGAGUGGAAACCAGAGAACCUGGAGGAAGGGACUCCCGGUGACUCUGCCCUGCUUCUCAUCUGCCCCAUUAACUGCCGUUGCAAGGAGGGCUUUAAUCCUCAACCCUUUUGCCUGUUGUUGGAACCUGCUGUCUGGGUGAGGACGCAUUCCUGAGCAGUAUGUGUGGCCGGAGCGCACUGCUGCAGCUGGGAGCAUGAGUGUUGGCCCCCAGCUACAGUUGGCAGUCCUCUGGCCUUGGCUGCUUAUGGCUACGCUGCAGAUACGACUGGGCUACUCCGGACUGGCGCUGGCAGCCGCUGUGGAAGCUGACCGAUCGUUGGCCCAGAAGGCAAUAAUUCGCGUGAUCCCUUUCAAGUUGGAGCCCCUCAUGCUAGAAGGAGUCUUUGCUAGCGUUGCGGACGUGACCCCAGCUGAAGGGAAGCUUCUGCAGUUCCACCCUCUGUCUCUGUGUAACACCAGUGAAGACGAGCACACUAUCCCGGGGUUUGUCUCCAUCGUCAAACUGGAACGUCCCGAGCGGGAUCUCCAUCCCUGUCUGUCACUGGCCAAUAAGGCUAAACUGGCAGGGGAGAGAGGGGCACGGGCUGUCCUCUUUGACAUUACAGAUGACCAGGGAGCCGCUGACCAGCUGAAGAAGCCCCGAGGACUGAGUCACCCUGUGGUUCUCAUCUGGGGCCACGACGCCGAGCUGCUGAUGGGGGUGGUUAACAAUAACCGAGAAGCCCAUGUGAAGAUUGAGGUGAAAGAGAUGCCAGCUUGGCCAGAUUAUGAUGUCUGGAUACUUCUCACAGUGGUCAGCACGGUCCUCUUCAUUGUUUUGAUCUUCAUCAUACGCUCUCGGUGUCAACCAAGCAGAAUUCAGAAUAAUGUACAGGAAGAAACCCUGCGAGCAAUCAACCAGUUGGCCACCCGUAGGUACCAGGCCCGCUGCCGGCAAGCCCCAACGGGGGACUCUGCCAGCACCUGCAGCUCUGCUCCGGUCUGCGCCAUCUGCCUGGAGGAGUUCAGUGAGGGCCAGGAGCUGCGAAUCAUCACUUGCUUCCAUGAGUUCCAUCGGUGGUGCAUUGACCCCUGGCUCCAGCAGCACCAAACGUGCCCUCUGUGCAUGUUCAACAUCGUUGAUCAAGAUUCUUCUGCUUUACCCCUGCGUUCCCGGGAGGAUGUACCUCAGUCAAGGCCUGGACAAAGGUCACAUUUCUUACGGCAACAGCCAGGACAUGCCUUGUACCACUUCCCACAGACUUUGCCCCCAGUACCCCCCAGGAACUGUGGUCACCCUUUCUUCCACUCUCCACAACUCUCCCAGUCAGGUUUGGGGACAAUGCAUUAUUUGUGCUACGGGCCAGCGGGCUCUGAGUCUUGGUGCAGUCACCAGACCCCUCUCGCCCAAGGACUGUUGGUUUCCCAACCCCAGGAGUCUCUGCUGUGCGAACAGGCCCCGCCCCCUCAUAGGCCCUGCCUGCUUCAACGCCAGCCCCCCUGCCGAGGACUGAGGACUCCCCACUCCGAAAAGCUCAAUCGUGCUGUUCCUCCCCAUAGAGGAAUCCGCUACGCGAAGCAUCAUCACCACAGCAGUGGCUCCGGGGAGAGUUACCUCACAGAGCCCAGCGGAUACCUUCCCGAUGGCCCCGGCAGCGACACCAGUUCAGGUCCUUGCCACGGCUCCUCCAGCGACUCCAUGUUGAAUUGCACUGAUGUCAGCCUUCAGGCCAUCCACGGAAGCUGCUCCACAUUCCACAGUUCCUUGAGCAGCGAUUACGAUCCUUUCGCCUUUUGUGGGUCUGAGAGGUCAGCCACGGAAAACAGGCAAGAGCCGACUCCGCCUUGGAGGGACCUGCAGCCACAGUCUGUGGACACGGUGGUGGAGGGCGGGGCGCGGCUGGGCAGUAAUCACGUCCACUAUCACCAUCAUCAUCACAGGCACCACCAUUAUGGACGGAGCCCCCCAGACUGUCUGAACGGCCGGCCGAGCCGGGAGCCCAUUCAACGCAAGGCCAAAUACCCCAGGGCCAAGGUAGAGUUUCUUGGUGCCCAGGCACAAAGAAGGACUGAGAGGGUACAGCUGCUGGAAAGUGGCUCUGCCUCCCAGGAUGUGACUCGGCUUGGGCAGCCUUCUUGUUUGCCUCAAGGACACACGCCCUCUUUGCCCGAUGGAUUGGGCUCCAACAUGGCGGCAGGUGGGCAAUCGGGAGCCGUCAGGUCACAAACCUGUCAGCGACCCUACUUACAACUUCAUCCCAGUAGGAGGAAAUGGAAACACCCGCCCGUGUCUUCUUCCCAGUCCCCUUUGCCAGAGAAUUCCAGCACGCCCCCAGACUGCACCGCUCCCACUCACUGUGGCCAUAGUUCUGCAAACUGCUGCCCCACAGAGAGACGGCCUCUAAUGCCCAGCGGUUCCUCCACACAUUGUUUUUCAGGUUGUCAGCAGAUUUCAAAGCGCUUAGCUCUGCCUUCCAGCCUCAAGCCUCAGGAGCAGGGGAACAGGACGGGGGAACAGGACUGCGAGCCCGUGCUUCUGGCGGAAGGCUCAGGGGCGGACACCACAGGGAGCAAGGCCAGUUUUUACCUCAGCUGCCAAAUUCCACAACACCAUCAGGGAUCGAAAGAAGAUAUCCCAGAGAUAUACGAACAUUCGGUUUAACAGGAGGCAAACUUAAUCUGCUCUUUGGGACCAGGAGAGAGCAUCAGGCCAUUCGGAAAUCCUGUGAGAAAGGACUUUCUUGCGAGUUGUCAGUGAAUCCUGUUCUGAUGGUGUGGUGGCCAGUCUUAAAAAGUAUCCUGCCCAGCCAACCCCUGCCUUGUCCUCCCAAGCUUGCCAUUACAUCGUGGCCGUGUUUAGCUCCUCCUGUUUGCUCAGCCCAUCAUUCAUGUGCCAAACAUAAGCUGCCAGUAUUGCUUGCCAGUUGUCAGGAGUUGCUUUCUUGAAGGUGGCCCCAGUUACGGGCGUGCAGGCUCCUUGCUACUCUUGUUCCUGGACAAAGGAGCAAAACUGUUCAACUUUUCCAGAGGGGGUAGAAAUGCAUGGUGUCCAAAGCUGCCCAUUUCUCCUCACUUCACAAGGCCAUGUGUAUUAUCGCGAUGCCUCUGGCUGUUUCUUGUAUCGCUGACUGAUAAAGGAGAAGUUUGGGAGAAGUUGCCUCUGAAAGUAGACAACGAUGCGGGAGAGUUGUGCCACUGAAGUCACGUGGACAGAUGGGUCCAUGCUGAAUUCUCUUUUGCCAUUCAAGUGACGCACUGGUCCUGAUUUGAUUCAAAGAUCCUAUGGCGUGUUGGAAUCAGAGACAAAAUCCCUCCACCCCCAGUCCUGUCUACAAAUGAAUGUCAGUCUUGUCCUCAAUGUGGUGCUUCAGCACCAAACCCCAACUGAAGUCCAUACAAACACAGCCUGCUGAAAGCAGGUCUAAUGCUACAUGCAAGAAUUCCAUGUCCACAUUAUACUUUGGGCCAUGUGACCCUUAACCAGCCUUUCUUUGCACGCAUGUACAUCAGACAGGCCCUAUCUCUACUCCCAGCUUGUGUGGAUUGCGGAUUCCAGAUGUACUGGCCGAUCUCUGAGUUGGGAUAAUGCUCUCUUUCCAUGCACAGCAGGAAUUUUUCAGGAGGAGCACUUUGUGGCAAGAAUGAGUGGUAGCAGACUAACAUUACCUGUUCUUUUGCCAUAGAUGUCAAUUUCUCCCCACUCCUUUGGGUUGGCCAGAGAGUACCAUUCAAACAGCUAGAUUUGGCCGGAUUUAUCCAGUUGCUGACCCUUCCCUUACAGUCGUUAAUGAUUCAGCCAACUCCCUCCCCCACCCCAUGCCCAGUUUUGAACUACAUUAUGCAAGCCAGAGAGCCAGUUUGAUGUAGUGGUUAAGAGCAGGAGGACUCUAAUCUGGAGAGCCGGGCUUGAUUCCCCACUCCUCCGCUUGAAGCCAGCUGGGUGACCUUGAAUGAGUCACAGCUCUUUCAGAGCUCUCUCAGCCCCACCCACCUCACAGGGUGAUUGUUGUGGUGAUAAUAAUAACCUACUUUGUAAACCACUCUGAGUGGAUGUUAAGUUGUCCUGAAGGGUGGUAUAUAAAUUGAAUGUUGUUAUUAUUAUUAUUGGUACCUCCCACGUGCAAGUGCUUGGAUUUCCCAGUAAACAUGUAUGCAGAGUCCAGGACAAGUGGUAAAUCCAGUCCAUCAAAGUGUAAUUACAGUCCACAUUAAAUGAGGCAAACGAAGGGCCAGUUGGAUGAGAAAGAUUGUAGGUUGACUAUGGGCAAAUGGACAUAUACUGAGUAGUAACUUACAAGUAGUAACUUGCCACAGUGGGCAUUUAAGCAUGUAGUAAGCCAGUCAUCUUUAAUAAUAUCCUGCCAGGGUCUGGGGGAAAUUUGUAAUGCUCCCUUGUUGCCCAGAUUUUUAAUCAGGUGCCUAAAGUAAGUGGAAAUUCUUCCUAAUUCCCAGUGUGAUGAUACAAACAAGCAACCACUCUAGUAAGUUACUGCCAGUGCUUAUAUUCACCAAGUGUUCUGGGAUGUGGGUAAAUGUGGUUAUAAACUUGGCCCUGUGUGGUAAAACAGAGGCACAACCAGAAAAAGAAACAGCAAAGAGUUCUGUGACACCAUAAUGAUUGCUCAUGAGUUACUCAAGAUGUUAACUGGAUUAAUAGGGGCACUGGGAGUUGUAGUUCUGUUAUGGGAGGAAGCCUGGAAUCUUUAAAGAAUUCUCAGUUCCCUUACCAAAUUGUAAUUUCCCAAGAUACCCUGGAGUACAUGAGUGGGAAGCCAUGGCAAUUGAGGGAUCGUAAACUGAUACAAGUCAGCAUUGUAGAUAUGGCCUCAGUUUCAUCAUGUAUAUAAGAAUAUUACCCACUGAAGAACUGCAGAGACUUUAAUCCUACUUGUGAAAAACUGAGGGUUGCGAAGAACCGAGGGUUGAAUUCAGAAUAAAAUUAGCAAUUUCCACUGAUUCCCCCCAUACACACACAGACACACACCCACGCCCACACACCAAACAGCUUAAUGUCUUUCAUCAGGGUCUCCUUGGAUGGAAAAUUUAGCCAGAAUCCAGCCCAAAAUGUGCAGUUCUGCUUUUCUCAAGGCAAUCUCUCAGGGCUGUAAUCAGAAGGCAAAAGAUCCUACUUAAGACGCAAGUGAGCAGGCAUCAGAUCAAAAGAAAAUCAGCGGAAGUCUGCUUUUCAGGGUUACCUCCCCCCUCCAACACACAGGCAUGUUUUCAAAAUGCACACCGAGAAAGUCUCAUGACUCACCAAAGAUAUAUCUUCAUAACUGCAAGGGUCAGAUGUGAGAGGCAGAGCCUCUUCUGGAAUUCACACAUCUCAUACUCUGUGUCUGCCCUUUCAGAAAUUACAGAUAAACCUGGGGAAACAGUAAGAACUGGACUAUAUGCAGGGUUUUUUUUCUGGGAAAAGUGGUGGCGGAACUCUCAAGAGGGAAAUGAGGAAGAAACACACAGGAUUCUUUGAAAUUGCCGAAUAUUUUCAAGAGGUGCCGGAACUCCGUUCCCCCACGUUCCCCCUGAAAAAAAGCCCUGACUAUAUACGUAUACUGCUGGCAUUCCUAGAAUUGUGGCAGCUGGGAGAAGUGUUGCCAACAUCAUGAAAAAUAGCUGCUAUCUGUGUACAGUCCUUAUUUGUGCAGGGAAACAGACUGUGUGAACCGGUCCAAAGAGCUUCGUUGUUUGUGGCAUGAAAUUUCCUAGGUGGCGGCUUAUUCUGAAGCUGCACGCCUUUGACCAGUUUCAUGAGAAAUCUCCUAGCCCUUUUCGGACCCAAUCCUGUGGAAUACUUCCAGUUCCAGUAGACAGAUAUAAAAGCAUCACAUUUGGAGAUGAAGUCUUUAAUGGAUUUUGGCAGGGACUUCCCGUCCUCUUGGUAACAGGACAAGAAGAGUGGCCAGACAAGACAUUUCAAAAGUGAGGGGGGCACUAGAGUUAUGGAGCAUGUUUUCUACGGAACAAACAAUGAGACUAUAGAGGGAUUCUGUGGGGACUGGUGUCUUGCGUAUCUGCUAUGCCUGUGGAAUGGCAUAGGAUUUAUAGCAAGGAUGAAACAGCUAGGAUGUCUUUAUUCUGCUUUCUUUCAGAGUUGUUCUGGCACUGGGAAAUAUUUCAGGAGUGGAAACUUGCCAGUAUAAAAAAAAAUAAUGUAGAGUUCGGUACAAUUUUUUAACCCCUCUCUCAAAGAAAAUGUACAGUGUGAGUUUGGCUUUGGCUUUGUUUCACUUGGAGUCCAAACACACUAAACCAUAUAAAAAGAGAAGAAAAUGAAAGGACUUGGACCAAGAACAAGAGCCCCAAAUGCAUUCCCUUACGUUCCAACCAAAAUUAUUCCAAAUGGCAACAUUCGUAACCAACAAGCAAACCAUUUUGGUCGAAGGCUUGAAUGUUACUGUAUGAGUAAGAGCUCUGCUUCUUUUGGCAUUUUCCCACCCAAUGCCUUCAACUGGUGCCUGUUUCUCUCCCUCUCUCUCUCCUCUCUCUGCUCCUUCCUCCUGACAACCCUUUGAAAUGUGAACGAGGAUUUUAUUUUUGUACUUUUUAUUUCCUGAGUCUAAUUUGGCAGCACUUACGUACUUUUGUAAACCAAAAAAGAAAAGAAAAAUGGGGAAAGAAUCAUCUUUUUGUAUAUACACAUGCAAAACUAUAUUUAUAUCUAAGAAAUAGAGAUUGUCCAAAUGUGAGCAUGUGCUCAAAACCUAUUUAUUUUGCUAAUAUAUUUAUCCGUGUAUAAAGGUGGCUGUUUUGUUUUCUGUACAAAGUCAUUGGCUGCCCAUGUUCAAGAGAUGCCUUUUCUUCAUUCAUCAGGAAUAAAUUAUUUUUAAUCUCUA